AUGGCUCCCGGUCUAUCUACUCUUGUUGACGGUCAACGCAACGAUCUAUAUACGGGUCAUGGAGGUCACUGGUCAAUUAUGGCUCUUCUGACUGUAAUUGCAUCCGGUCUUUCCGUUGGUUCUUCUUGUGUUUUGUUGAUUAUGUACAAGUUUGUCAAUCUGGAAAAGGUGAAACAGGAGCACAAUCAAAUGAUGAGUGCUCACCAUCGCUUUCUCCAUUCUCAGGAACCAUAA